AUGCAUUCUCUGCCCUCUUUUUCUCUUACUUUCACUCUCUGUAACCCCCCCUCUUUUCUCUUACUUUCACUCUCUGUAACUCCUGCCUCUUUUCUCUUACUUUCACUCUCUGUAAGCCCCCCACUCUUUUCUCUUACUUUCACUCUCUGUAACCCCUACCUCUUUUCUCUUACUUUCCCUACCUCUCUGUUUACCCCCUCCUCUUUCUCUGCACUCUUACUCUCUGUAACCCCUGCCUCUUUUUCUUUCUUCUCUCUCACCCCUGCCUCUUUCUCUUGCUUUCCCUCUCUCCUCUUUUCUCUUACUUUCCUCUCCAUCGCCCUGCCUCUUUCUCUUACUUUCCUCUCUGUAACCCCUGCCUCUUUUCUUACUUUCACUCUCUAUGUAACUCUUUUCUUACCUCUCUCUGUAACCUCCUCUUCUUACUUUUCACUCUCUGUAACCCCCCUUUUCUCUUUUCCUCUCUGUAACUCCUACCUUUUUCUCUGUCUCCCCCUCUUUUCUCUUACUUUCCUCUCUGUAACCCCUGCCUCUUUUCUCUUACUUUCCUCUCCAUAUUUAACCCCUGCAACCUCUUUUCUCUUACUUUCUCUCCUCUUUUCUUACUUUCCUGCCUCCCUUUUCUCUUACUUUCCUCCCCACCCCCCCCCUUUUCACCCCUCUCUUACUUUCACUCUCUGUAACCCCUGCCUCUUUUCUCUUACUUUCACUCUCUGUAACCCCUGCCUCUUUUCUCUUACUUUCACUCUCUGUAACCCCUGCCUCUUUUCUCUUACUUUCACUCUCUCCCCCCCUCUUUUCUCUUACUUUCACCACUCUGUAACCCCCUCUCUUCUUUCCUUACUUUCACUCUGUAACCCCUGCCUCUUUUCUCUUACUUUCACUCUCUGUAACCCCUGCCUCUUUUCUCUUACUUUCACUCUCUGUAACCCUGCCUCUUUUCUCUUACUUUCACUCUCUGUAACCCCCCUUUUUUUCUCUUACUUUCCUCUCCCUCUCAACCCCUGCCUCUUUUCUCUUACUUUCACUCUCUGUAACCCCUGCCUCUUUUCUCUUACUUUCACUCUCUGUAACCCCUGCCUCUUUUCUCUUACUUUCACUCUCUGUAACCCCUGCCUCUUUUCUCUUACUUUCACUCUCUGUAACCCCUGCCUCUUUUCUCUUACUUUCCUCUCCAUAACCCCUACCUCUUUUCUCUUUCUUUCCUCUCUCCCUACCUCUUUUCUCUUACUUUCACUCUCUGUAACCCCUGCCUCUUUUCUCUUACUGUCACUCUCUGUAAGCCCCUGCCUCUCUUCUCUUACUUUCACUCUCUGUAAGCCCCCCCUCUUUUCUCUUACUUUCACUCUCUAA